AUGUUUAGAGAUAUUCUUCUAGGUGUUUGCCCCACGAAAUGUAUUGAACGGCAAUUGCUGUGUCUCGCUCGUGCUCUGCUUCGCCAUCCGAAAAUUCUCGUGUUAGACGAAGCAGCGGCUGCUGUUGACGCUGAAACUGACUCCUUGCUUCAGCGAACCAUUCGCGAACAGUUCGCUGACUCUACGGUGCUGACCAUAGCUCAUCGUCUGAACACGGUGAUGGACUGUGAUAGACUACUGGUGAUGGACGCAGGUCGAGUAGUGGAAUUCGAUACACCCAGCGCACUUUUAGCGAAACAAGACAGCUUAUUUCGUUCGAUGGCAGAAGAUGCUGGUAUUGUCAAACAGAACAAACAUCGGUAG